AAGAAAAAAGUGUUACGGGAAGAAAAAUAAAUUGUGAUGAAAUUGUUACAUUGAAGCAUGUGAAGUCUAAUGGGUAUUUAAUAGGUUCGAAGCAUGAUUCUAUUUUGUCUAAUAAUUAUGAAUUGAGUGUACAUAAAGAUAAUGAGUAUGGAAAAUUUCAAGUAGUAUGUGAGAAGAAAAAAAAUACAUCAUAUUGGGAAAUAGGCGAAAAUGUUUACUUAAAAAAUAUUAAUCAAAAUGGAUAUUUAUCUACAAGUAAAAGUUAUGAAUUUAAUCAAUAUAAUUGCCAUAACUGUCCUAUAAUGUAUCACCUUGAGGCGUGCAUUUUGAAAUAUAGCUAUCCAAGGGACGACCAAAAAUGGAGAGCUAAAUCGGGGGUUAUUAUUGCCAACUUUAGUGACGACAAAAAUGAAAAAGUAAAUAGAGACGAACUUUAA